AUGUCAAGUGCAACGUACAAUGAACUUUGGGAAAACGCGCAAACUGCUUUAGAAGAACUUCUUCAAAUAGAUACAAACUUGCAAAACGUCAAACCGCAAAAAGAUCGUAAAAAAGCUCACAAUACGAUUUCUGAGUUAUAUGUAAGAUAUAUUAUUAUCUGUAAUAAAUUAGAAAUAUGUUAUGAUCAAGUAAUUCAACCGCAAAAACGGAUAUUAUUAAAACAAUUGUUAGUCUCGUGUUUUGGUAGAAUUUUAGAAUUAAAACAUGAAUUAGUCGAGAUAGAUCUUUCAGAGUACAAUUAUUUCGAUAAUAUUCUAAUAAAAUUCAACAUCACACCGCAAGAAGUUGAAAUUCAAGUACCCAGAUAUUUUAGACGCGAAUGUUUACAAGAAAUUGAAGAAAGGCGCAAGUACAUAGCAGAGAUCUUAAAAAAUAUAGGUGCUUUAGAUGAAGUAAUAGUACCAAAGAAAAUGACUGAAUCCGAAGCUGUGAGGCUCAUACAGGCCCACGAACGCGCUAGACAAGGUCGAUUACGAUUUCAAUUUAUGCGAGAAAUUUGUCACGUAAAAGAUAAAUCUGCAAUUAAAGCAGAAGCAGAGGUGAAAAACGAAUCGAGUGAAAAAGCGGCUGUAAUAAAAAUUCAAAAAGUUUGGAAAGGAUAUGUUACUAGAUGCAAAAUUCGGAAAAGACGUUUCGAAGAAAUGUUAUUAAUCGGUAUGCUUCAACAGAGUAAACAAAUUACUGAAAAUGCUAGACAGGCUGAAAGAAUAAGAGAGGAAAGGUAUGAAAAACAAAUUAAAUAUCUAGAAUUAUACGAAAAUUUAAUGGUUGAAGCGAAAGAAAGAAUUCGUAAAGAAAAGAGCGGUAUAAUAGAGGAAAAUAUAAGAAGUGAAGUUCGAAAUUGGAUUAACACUUAUUUUCAGCAGACAGGAAAAAUUCCUGACUUGCCAUCUGCUGAGAGUGGUGGAUCCAGAAUCAUAUUUAGCAGACAGGGAACUGAAAGUACUAUUAGUAAAUCAACAGCAGUAUCAUCAAAGGAAUCCAAAAAAUCUAAAAGAUCAAAAUCAAAGAAGGACAGUGAGGCUGAUCAAUCAGAAGAAGAAACUGAACAAGGUUUCAAACCAAUUCCUUCCAAUUUUCUCUCAAAGUUGGUUCAUGCUAAUCAAGAGUAUCAAGAAAUAUGGAAGAAUAAAGAUGAAACUAUGAAUAUGGCACAAUUACCAUAUUUGGACAUGAUAGAGAAUGAAACAACGAAGGAAGUAGAGAAUGAAGUUCGAGUUACAGUUGACCAAGCACUUAGGGAUGAUAUAGAAGCAUUGCAAAAUGCAUUAGAUAGAGAUAGAGGUUUUAAGGGUAAACGUGCUAAAAAAAGUCAAAAAAGAAUUCGCAGAAGUGGAAAAAAGAAUAAGAAAAGAAAAGAAAAGGAUUUGACACCUGAUAGAACAACAGAAUCUUUGUUUGAAGAACUUCUAACUCAAGGAAUUAUUAAGCUCCAUAGGGAAAUUCGACUUAGUGAUUUUAAAGGAGAAAAAUCUUUUACAAAUCAUAAUUUAAGAGAAAAGGAGAAAGACCCUUUGCCAAUGCUUGGUGAUAUAAGACAAUUAAUAGCUGAAUAUUGUAUACUUCCUUUGGGAAAUAAUACUCUCAGAGAACUUACACCACUGAUAAGAUCAGUUUUAAUUGCUGGUCCACAUGGCAGUGGUAAAAAGAUGUUAGUAAAUGCAAUUUGCACAGAACUUGGUGCCACAUUAUUUGAUAUCACGCCAGCUAACAUUACUGGGAAAUAUCCUGGCAAAUCAGGUUUAAUUAUGCUUAUGCAUUUAAUAUCAAAGGUAUCACGUUUACUCCAACCAUCAGUGAUAUUUAUGGAAGGAGCAGAAAAACCAUUUGUAAAGAAAGUCUCAAAGACAGAUAAAACUGAUCCAAAACGUUUAAAAAAAGAUCUUCCUAAAUUAAUAAAAAGUAUCACAAAUGAGGAUAGAGUGAUUUUAAUUGGAACUUCAAAUUCACCAUGGGAUGGAGAUCAAAAACUUUUAUAUCAAACUUAUGAUAAAGUUAUAUAUAUUCCCAGACCAGAUUAUGGGACUAUGUCUUUGAUAUGGAAAGACUUAUUAUACAAAUAUUCUGGAAUUAAUAGACAAUUCGAUACGUCCGUCAUGGCUAAAAUAUGCGAUGGUUUUACUGUUGGUACUGUAUUAACAUCAAUUAACGAGGUAUUGGCGGAUGAAUUAUCAUUGUAUUUCAAUUAUUACGUAAUGACCACAAAACGAAUAGUACAAUUAAGAACACAUCCUUUGACACAUGGAGAAUUAAUAAAUGCGUUAAGUUCGAAAGAUCCGGUUUUUUGCGAAGAAGAAGAUAUGUUCUUAGCAUGGCUUGCAAAAACACCAAUAAAUCGUAAAAAGCAACGUGCGCUCGAGCUAGAGUUCCAGAAGUUGAAAGAAGCAAAUGAAAAGCAAAAAAGGAAAGGAAAAAUAUCAGCAUGA